AUCACUGUAAUACAAGGAAUCCCAUUCUUGGAGAUCGGCCUUUUCUAUCUUUAACAUCUUUUGCCGUUUCAUCCUUCCAACUCUGACUUCCAUUUGCAGAGUUGGGUUCUGACUUUGGCUCCCAUUACAAGGGGUAACAAGCAUUGAUCUGGUGUGUUCUGGACCCAGAUGCCUCCUCCUUCGUAUGGAACUGCGUCUGGAGAAAAGAAUACUGGGAAUAAGCAGAAUUACAUAGAGCAUCAGGUGUCAAAGAUGGACACCCUUGCCGGUGUUGCCAUCAAGUAUGGUGUUGAGGUGGCCGAUAUUAAGAAGUUGAAUGGUUUGUCCACGGAUCUUCAGAUGUUUGCUUUAAAGACAUUGCUAAUACCAUUACCAGGAAGGCACCCUCUGUCAUCAAGUUCCUCCUACGCAUCUUCUGCUUCUGUAGAAGAAAAUGGCCACGUAAGAAUCCCACCAUGUGCUGACCAAUCAAAUGUCUUAGAAUCCUUUCAGCCUCUAAGACUGAAACCCUCUACGCAGAAGGUUUCUCCAGCCAUGAGCACCUUACAAAAGUACUAUGGUUUGAAAACUCUAAAUCAGAAGGGUGCAUCCGAAGGUACAGAAAUGGCUGUCUACAGAACAGGGAGCUUGGAUUACUUGAAUAAUAGUUUGAUGCCUAAAGCUACACCAUUAGCCAGCCAUGUUUUGGAUCAUGAUCACAAGUCCAAUAAUGGCUUUUCGCCUGAGAAUGGAGUGGGUGAGCAAGUGCCUCUUGCAGAAGCUGGAGAGGGAGAGAGUGAGAAAUCCAGUGAGAAGUCUGUCCGGAGGCGUCAGAAAUCUGAGGCUGAUUCAAAAGGUGGUACACCAGAAAGGUUGUUGAAAGAAGAAAAUGGUGGAAGCAGUGGUUUCUUCACACCAUUAACAGGAAAAGGUUUAGCUCUUAGAACCAAAAUGGCUAGCCGUGCACUGCUGACGGCAGAUUCAGACUCAGGGUGGUUAAAUCCUAUUCCGGUUGGUUUGGGAGAUUCUAUAAUCCCGGAUGGCCCGAGCGGAGUUCGGAAAUCAUCAAGUACGCCAACCCUCCAAGACCAAGAUAAUGGCAAUUCAUCAUCUGUUUGGCCAACUUCAAAGUGGAGUUUGAAGCCUGACUUGCAGUCUCUUUCAACUGCUGCAAUCUCAAUUCCAAUAUUUGAUGGCUUGCCAAAGCCAAUAACCAGUCGAAGGAGCAAAGCUGCCCUUGAUUAGCUUACUUUCUUUGUAUAUUCAUAGAAUUGAUUUUUUAUUUUAAACUAUGCCAAGCAUUACUCUGCUUUAUCAUUUAUCAUAUAAUGUCAAGUAUAAAUGAAAGGGUCGAGACCCCAAGAAAAGAAAGGUAAACAACACACUGUUAAGAGAUUUCCCUUGUACAACUGUUGUUCAUCAUGUGUUUAAAUAGCAAAUAGAAAGCAAGGCAGCAAGGCUGGACCUUUUAGGCUAAACUCUCCAUUUGUAUCCUUGACAUUAUUAUUUUCUGCAGUCAACAUCUUCUAAAAUUAUCACUCUUAAUCAACACCUUCUACCAUU